AAAAGGACUAUGCAAGGUGACUUAUUGUGACUGUUGUCCGAGAGAGAUCUCGAGAGGGAAUACUGAAUCUUUUUCUGUGAUUAAAACGUUUUUAACAUGUCUUUCAUGACGAUCCCAUUUGAUCUACUGCUCACCACAGGUCUGUUCUGACAUGUUGUUACUGAUUUAUCAAAAUAAUUAAAAAAAAUAAUUUCAAACUGGUACCAAUAUGAAUUAAAAUAACGGAGAGUGAACGGUACGUGUUGGAUUACCUUAAGGCAGAAGGAGCUUUCAGUUUUACACUCUGAAUAAGACACUUUUCUAAUGUAAUUAUGGAUCUUUUGGUAGCAAGGGAAUGGAGUGCGUAAAUAUUCAUUUGUACACACAUGGGUUUAUGAGGCUGAAAGUGACUUUGUAGUCUGAGCUUUGCCAAGUAAACAUUUUCCGUAUUUAUUAUUCCUGUCUGUUGUGUUUAAAAAUAAACAAAACAAACCCGUUAGGUAAGGCGGACAACCCAGAACAAAGUUGCAAUUAAACUAGUAAACGGGGGUUAUCAAUACAGAUUAACAUUCGUAGUUAAACAUCCCAGAUUCUCAACAAACUUGAGAAAACCAACAUAUUCUCCACACGUCGCCAAAUGUAAAUGUAGGACAGAAGAAGGACCUAUUUUUCGAGCCGAUAAGUUGAUUCACCUAUGGGGAAUUAAUUUAUAAUAAAUAAGACCCACUUACAAAUAUAGGAUAUUCUGACUUCCCAGACAGAGAAUGUCGGACAGUACCAUUCGAAUUCUUUAAAUGACGCGUAUUAGGCUAUAUAUAGAUGGGGAUCUAUUACUUCAAUAUAGCCUAAUAAUUUAUACUGUUGCAUAUAUUCCACUUUUAUCUUCCCCGUGUCUCCCAAGGCAACCUUUGAUACUAAUGUGAAUAAUACAGCAAAACAGAAGUAUAUUUUAAAUUCCACUGUAUAAAGUUUCAGAUUCUGUAUCCCAUUGCAAAAAAAUCUUAUGGGCUUUGAUUGGAGUUUCUAACUUUUGAACUGAUCUCACCAGAACACUGGGCUUAAAGCGGGAGCAGCUGGUGCGCCAGAGCCGGAGCGUCUCCUGUAGCGGCAGCUCGCGGUGGGGAUGAGCGCGGCCGCCGCUGCGAUCCUCUGAUCGCCAAUCAAGGGACGUGUUUACGGGGAAACUGCUAUUUCUGAAUAAGAAGCUUACCGGACCCAGAUGUGACCUUCAUCCUUUAAAUAAAGUCCAGAUGUGGACGCACCGGCGUGAUCGGAGUCGGAAAUCACGCGCGUAAGAGAGGGAGCGUUUUUAGCAAAGAAAAAAAAACGUCGCUAUUGCCAAGUUCUGUCUGGAUAGUGUAAACAGGCAGUUCAGAGGGGUGGGGAGGUACUCUUACGAGGGGGUGCACAGAUCGUGGCUCCGAGAGAGACCCCCCCUCUCCGUCACAUUCAACUUGUUUCAUGCGCCUGACCGCCGCACGGACGACAACAGAUGGCGAAAACCAGGGUCUCUUAUGAGUACUCGGAGGCGGAGGAUAAGAGCAUCCGGCUCGGUCUGUUCCUUAUCGUUUUCGGGAUCCUGUCCCUCUUUAUCCUGGCGUUUUGCUUGCUGAGCCCCACCCUGCAGAACAUGCAGAGCAAGCCGGUGAACUGCACCGUGAUAUCCGUGCAGAAGGUGGAGGAGAUGUUCGAGUGUGUGUUCAACUGCGGGGUGGAUUGCAAAGGCACGUCGCUCUAUCCCUGCCUGCAAGUCUUCGUCAAUAACUCCGAGUCCAACUCCAGAGCCCUGCUGCAUUUUGACGAGCAGCAGUUAGUCCUGAAUCCUAAGUGCUCCUACGUUCCCAAGUGCGAGCGGGACAACCAGAAGAACAAGGAGAAGGUGCUGGUGUGGCAGGACUUCUGGAUCUACAACGUCAGCUCUCAGUCCUUCACCUGCUUCUUUAACCAGCAGCGGAGGCCAGAUGACGUGCUGUGGAAGCGUUCUCUAGACGAGAACGUGCUCCUGCACUGCAUCCUGUGGCCCAUGGUCAGCCUGCUGCUGGGCACGCUCAUCGUCUUGCUCACCAUCUGUGCCCGCAGCUUGGCCGUCCGCGCCGAAGCCAUCCAGAAGCGGAAGUUCUCCUAGGGGUCAGCAGGGGGCGUCAGUAAACCUUACUCCAGGAGCAGGUGCCCUAUGUCACGGGGUUCGAUCGAACUGGAGAUGGACAAAUGUUACGGAAGCUCCCUUAUGCUAGAGGACAAUGCAGGAGGCUGCCUCUUUGGCCAUAUUCAAUGGUGUAAGACCAUGACCUCACUCCAAAAGCAGUCUCUCACCUCUCCCUGUUAUUGCCUCCCAGACAUGACGCUUAUGUGACGGUCCGUGUGCUUGUUUGUCUAUGAUCCAUGUUUCUCCAUGUGAUAGACUCAUUGUGCUCAUUCAGCUCAAGUGAACCAUGCGUAGGGGACUGCUGUGAGACAUGGAAUACACUCUUGAUCUUGGUGUGAAUAAUAUAUGCAACAAGUUGCACGCAGGAAACUGCUUAGAUGUAAAACAAAACAGCGUUGUUCUGUAACCACUCUGUUACAUGUGUCUUGGCAGUGUUUGGUCUCCAUGGUGAUCAGACGUUGGUUCUCUGGUCACUCUGUAUUCUGGAAGAUCCCUGAUGGUAAGAAUGACUGUGUCCAUUGUGUAGACAAUGUGUUCAGUUAGUGUUGGCUGUUAAGUCUCAUUUGUAUGUGUGUGUGUGUGUGUGUGUGUGUGGUUUUUUUUUUUUUUUUUAAACCAGAAGUCCUUAAUUUUAUCAAAAGGCCACCACUUUGAAUAACUUUGUAGGUGUUUUGAGAUCCUUACUUGUGGCUCUUGGCCACCGGGAAAGGUCGAGCACUUUACGUAAUGUAGCGAUUUAAAAAUUGUAACCCACCUACCAAAGCCAUCUGUCCUUAGCUCAUGGGAGGCCCUGGCCAAUUUAAAAGACAAUUCUUAAAAAUAAAGUUAUAUCACAUAAUUGAGAAUAGAAUGGCAAGCAAUCAGAGACAAUAUUCAGAGGCCUGUUAACCAUAUUGGAUUAAAAUCUUCAGACUUUAAAUUCUAAUAUAAUUAUCAAUCUUCUUCUGUGAUUCUCGAAAGUCAGGUAAUUACAGUACUUCUGCCCUAGAGGUUAUGUUGGGGUGUCUAGGUUUCUGAAAAUGAAAUAGAAUUUUUGAAAGGACUUACUCUGUAUCUUUGAUUGACUUUCCAGUCCUCAUACGUGCCCAGCGACCUUAAGAAAUGGUCACGCUACAGGCUGAAUCUAUGGUGUGCCCCUUCAGUAAUAUGUCAGGAUGCGGAGUUGUCUUAGGAGGGCAUUCUGGGAGGUCAUGUCUUGGGGAGACUCCAAGCCAGGGCCGCUAGUUCUCAGUGCUCCUCUUCAGCCUCUAGGGGAGCGCAGUCGCCAGCUUUCCCACAAUUCACUGUGUUUAAUUGUUUUAAACCUAGAGACAGGAAGGUUGAGAAAUUAGGAUAUUGCUGCCGCACUUGUUACGACCAGGCAUCUUACCCGAUAGGUGCCCCCCAGAGGUGACUCUGGAGACUCUUCCAUCUCGCUCUGCAGCUGCUUCCUCCAUGUCUUGAGUUUUAGAGGUGCUAGCCCCCCCCCCCCCAACCCACACACAAACAGCACUCCAAACAUUGUGUCUGACGUCAUACUGGCUCUAUGGGGUCUGAUAUAUGUGUGCUGUCCUUUGUCCUGUUUCCUAACUGUAAGAGCGACUUGUCUCCAGUAUCUCCAAGUAGCAUGGGUACAACCCCAGAAGCUGAGAUGUAUCAUCUUGGUCUCCUUGACCUUGGCAUUAACUGUUUGGGUUCCUGUGCUUCUGUCAAAAGACAAAAGUAACUGUAAAUGAAACGCUAUUGGCUUUCGAUCGAAAUGCAAGAAAUAGAGUUUAUUUUCAAUUUUUAUUGUAUUUUUGUAGACACUGGAUACAAAUUUAGAGCACUGGAUAGAGACGUAUUUUUCUCCUGAAGGAUGUUUUCAACUACACUAGAGCCGGACACAGACGUGAAUGAAUGUAACCAGAGAGAGACCGGCACAGUUUGGUCACUGACUGUUUCAUUGUGGUGCCAGCUAAUGUUACGAUGCUAGGCACCCCCGUAAAGUGAGGGGCGUAGCUUUCACUGGGCACUAAACAUGAAGGCGUUUCAUAUCAUUGCUGAAUGUGCCUGCAAAGGGUUUGUAGGGCAACAUGCGUUAAUUAAAUAGCGCUAAAAUUCUCACUAGACAGAGUAAGAGUUGGAUGGGGUAGCUUCUCCAUUUUUGGAAUAAGCAGUGAUUAAAAAAUUAAUAAUACUAUCCCCAACAGGAUAUUUUUCUUUUUUAAAGUGAUAAUUUUCCUGGUGGUUAGUGAACAAUGCGCCUUGUGUUUAAAAAAAAAAAAAAAAAAAAAAACCUUAACACAGUCAUGGAUAGGCUUAGCGGUAAUACGGUACUUUGGGUAUACUGAUAUAUGUUGAAAUCUCGGCACUUAAAUUCACUGGACCCCACCUCCGUUUUAAUCACAGGGGACCCCCUUCUGCUCCGUAAAUUUCCUCGCGGAGGGACACUGUAAUAGCGUUGGUUUUGAAUAUACCGUAUACCGUGGUACAAUCGAGCGGUAUGAAAAAUUACUGCCCCAGCCAAGUUAUGGGUAAAAUCCAUCAGACAAAACAUGUUUUUUUUUUUUAUUGAAAUUUUAGAGGAGCUGAGAUAUUUGGUAAUGGAUUGUUAAUAUACAUCACGAGACACGUACUGUAGGCGUGAUUAAGCCCUAUGAACGCUGACACACCCUUGAACACGGCUCAGGAUUGACGCGGCCAUCCAGUUAGGCACCUCACUCGCUUAGGGAUUUACCUGCACUGUACUGUUUUUGCUCAAGGUAGGCUUUAAACACCAUGUCGCUGUGCUAUAGGUGUGAACUGUCCGAUAAGCUGCAGCCGAACUAACAGACACAUCUUGAAAUCUAAUACGAACUUUUCUUCAAACUUUCUUGUGCCUCGUACUUAUCUUUA